UCAAGAUGGCAGCGCACAGUGAAAGUUUGAGUUGGAAACAAAAUUUAAUUUUACAGCUAAAGAAUCGUAAUAAAACUCAAACCCAAACUUAUGCAAGCUUGAUUCAAUCUAAUAACAAACUUCAAGAACAAGUCUCAAAUCUUCGAUCAAAAUCAGUUCAUAGUCAGGUUGAAGCUGAAAGAUUGAGAGAAGAAAAUUUGAAUUUACGUGUUAAAGUAGAAAGUGGGGGUGGUACUGGAAGUGGUGAAAAAACUCAGGCAUUAGAACAAAAACUAUACAGAUUACAGGAAGAAUUAACAGAAUUACACAGAAAGAGAGGAGAGAAUUCUCAACAGAUUAUAGAUUUAAAUAACAAAUUACAAGAAAAAGAAAAAGAAUUGCAACUUAAAGAUGGUUUACUUGCCGAUUCCGAAGUUCGGGUCUUCGCUUUACGUACAGAACAAAAAAACUUAGAAGCCACAAUAUUAGAAUUAGAGGCAACAAAUCAGAUGUUAAAAGAUGAACAUCAAGCAUUACAAUUAGCUUUUACAACAAUAGAAGAAAAAUAUAGAAGAUCCAAAGAUGAAAAUCGUGAACUCGUAGAAAGAUGGAUGCACCUAAAAUCAAAAGAUGCUGAUAAAUUAAAUGAAGAAAAUGAUUCCUUUAUAAGACAACGUCAAGCAAAGUUAAGAAAAGAAUUAGCUGAGGCUGCUAAAGAAACAAUAAGUAUUACAGAGCAAGGUAAAGCUUUGUUACCUGGGAUACCACCAGUUUGUUUGAGUGCGUCUGUUCCUACUAAAGCAAUGUGUAAAUUUGAUGCCCAUGAAGGGGAGGUAAAUGCUGUUCGCUUUAAUCCGUCUGGUACAUUAUUUGCAUCAGGAGGUGGCGAUAGAAAAAUAAAACUCUGGGAAAUUAGGAAUGGUGAAUGUGAAAAUAAAGGAACAUUAUUAGGUAGUAAUGCAGGUAUUACAGCAUUAGAAUUUGAUUUAGAGGGUAAUUUGGUUUUAGGUGCAUCAAGUGAUUUUGCAAGUAGAGUUUGGUCAUUAACAGAUCAAAGAUUACGGCAUACGUUAACCGGACACAGUGGUAAAGUGUUUGCAGCUCGUUUCCUUGGUGAAUCUAAUAAGGUUGUGUCAGGCAGUCAUGAUAGAACUUUAAAAAUCUGGGAUUUACACAGUAGAGCAUGUGUUAAAACGAUAUUUGCUGGUUCAAGUUGUAAUGAUUUAGUCACGUUACAUGGUAAUAAUAUAAUCAGUGGACAUUUUGAUAAACGUCUACGAUUUUGGGAUGCCCGAUCAGACAGUACAGCAAAUGAAAUACUUCUACAGGGAAGAGUUACCUCUCUAGAUCUAUCUCCAGAUAGAAUGAGUUUAUUGUGUUCUACCAGAGAUGAUUCAAUGAAAAUUAUUGAUUUGAGAAUGAAUCAGGUUUCAUCAACAUUCUGUGCUGAUGGUUUCAAAGCUAGCUGUGAUUGGUCAAGGGCUGUAUUCAGUCCUGAUGGUAAUUUUGUUGCCAGUGGAAGUCAUGAUGGUGCUCUGUAUGUGUGGAAUAUUACAACUAAAAAAGUUGAGAAGGUGCUCAAAGACCAUAAUCAUGCAGUUAUUGCUGUAACAUGGAAUCCAUGUGGUGCUUCAAUAGUCAGCUGUGAGAAAUCACGUAAAGUUGUUGUUUGGUCCGAUUAUUAAUAAUUACAAACAACGUGAUAUUUUUAUUAUUUAUAAACAGAUGUUAUAUAUUAUCAUUCACAAAAUCAUGACAUUAGGAUAUAGGAUACAGAUGUCGAUUUCACAAAAUCAUGACCAAGGGCGUGACCCUAUUUGAGUCUUCCGAUUCUUACUAAUAAAAGCCUGAGACAAUAGCAUGAGUAUAACCAUUUAAACAUUAGCGAAGAAUGGCAAUUGUUUUCUUAUACAGUACUGUGUUGGUCCGAAUGAGUGGGAUAUGAUCUGUCUCUCCUUGACUUGUUUGUACAAGUGCUGUUAGUAUAAUGAGUGUGAUAGGAUUUAUUUACCAGAAUUAGAACAAAAUGAAUGACAAUAGAAAGUAGAUAUAGUGUAUAUAGUAAUAACAGUAAAAAGUUAAUCAAAUUUAGAAAUGGCGGACCUAUUAAUUUGUUAAAUAAUACAACUGAUUCACGAUAUUAUCAUUGUCGAUAAUCUAUAUCAUAAUUGGUAUUAUUCAUAACCUCGUUGUCUAUUAUUCAUAUCGUCAUUGUCAAUUAUACAUACCAUUGUAUUGUCCAUACAAUAAAUGGUAUUGUCCAUACCAUAAAUGGUAUUAUCCAUACCGUUAUUGGUAUUAUCCAUACCGUUAUUGGUAUUGUCCGUACCAUAAUUGGAAUUAUCCAUACCAUAAUUAAUGGUUUUGUCCAUACCUUAAAUGGUAUUGUCCAUACCGUAAAUGGCAUUGUCCAUACCAUAAUUGGUAUUAUCUAUACCAUAAUUGGUAUUGUCCAUACCAUAAUUGGUAUUGCCCAUACCAUAAUUGGUAUUGCCCAUACCAUAAUUGGUAUUGUCCAUACCAUAAUUGGUAUUGUCCAUACCAUAAUUGGUAUUAUCCAUAUCAUCAUUGUCUAUUAUCCAUACCAUCAUUGUCUAUUAUCCAUACCAUCUUUGGUAUUAUUCAUACCACAAUUGGUAUUAUAUGUCUGGCAUGUAUAUACCAUAAUGUUCUUCACCCAUUACAGCCAAAGCAGUUUAAGUUUUUCAGACGUGCAAUCAAAAAUCAUUUUUGUUAUUAAGGAUGGGUGAUUUGAUGAUAUAUGUAGACUAUAUUCAAACUAAUUAAUCUAUCAAAAAAUUUCUUCAGAUCCCUCUCAAAAUAUUGUAUUCGCGAGGAAAUACCCCAAGAUAUAAAAAAUCUAUUUUUAGAAAUCAUGUUUGUCGCCUAACUUGAUAGAGGGAAGGCCCAUUUUCAGAAUAUAUUUGCCGUUACUUACUGUCCAUUUUCCAUACAUAUUAAAAUCAUAUAAAUUCAUCUUCCAACUUUUUUUUCCACUGUUCAAAUGCAGAGUCUGUUUAAAUCCUCAAUGUUCCCAAAACCACCUAACCAUUCGAUCAAGAAAUAGUAACUGCUCCCUAAGUCAAGCUGGCAGGUAAUAAGCCGUCGGGUUGACAGUGGUAUCUUGACAUUUUUGCACAGUGCUUGCCCCAUGUGUGUUUUUCAGGGAAUCCAGUAUUUUUCUAGUAAGAUUAGGCAUCUCUGCUUUCCAUAUAUACCAAAUUUGCCAUACUUUUAUUUGAAAUAGAUACCCUGUAAAUACUUUUGUGAGAAUGUAUCCUUAAAGCUGCUAAUUUGUAAUUUUGUGAGAAUGUAUCUUUAAAUUAUUCCCAAAUUCCAAAAUUGAUGAAAGUAGUAGACGAAAACAAUGAUGAUGUUGACAAAAUUUUAAAAAAAUUACAAUUCACAAUCUGAUUAAAACAGAGAUCCUUUUUCGUUUCUUUUUUUUUAUAGUUCAAAAUUUCGUUUUACUUAUCUUUACUUCACUGGGAUCUGGAAGAGUUGUUAUAUAACUCGCGUUCUGGUUGAAGUGACGGACUAGCCAAUGAAACUGUCUGUUACGGCGAGUUCUUGGCGUGCUGUGCACGAAACUGUAGGCCAUAGUGCUGCUGUCCGGGCAAAAUUUACCUCGUAGCACACUGACGUAUGCCCGUCUUCAUUAGCCCAGUUCGGAGCAUAACAGCAGGACGUUAAACCCCAUUUCAUUUCAUUUUGUUUCCCGCUUGUCAGGUUGGCCGUUUGGAUCCCCUUGUACAUGUUGACAUGCAGGUCAUUUAGUCGUUGGAAUGUGCAUGCACAAAAAUAAACCCUUGACAGUUGGAAUUCAAUUAAAAGUAAGCAUAAACACUGCUGUACGGGCAGAAUUCCCUGGUAUACCUCUCUUCAUUAUCCUGGUUGGUGCAGAAAAGUAGAAACGUUAAACCACAUUUCAUUUCAUUUAAUUUGAUUGAAACGUUGAAAUAAAACAUAGGGAAGUCUAAUCGUCCACAUAAACCUUGUGUUUUAACAUAUUGUUUAAAUAUACUAAUGUGACAUUCUUCUCCAAUAAAACCACCUUUCAAAUUAAACUGCUGAGUGUACUAUUCAGACAUAAUUAUCAAUUUGAUUAAAACACAAAUCCUAUUUCAUUUCGUUUUUUUAUAUUCAAAAUUUUGAUUUACUUAUCUUCACAACACUAGGAUCUGGAAGAGUUGUUAUAUAACCUUUGUUCAGGUUGAUGUGAGGGAUUAGCCAAUGAAACGGUCUGUUGCGUCAAAAUCUUCUCGUGCGAUGCACGAAACGGUGCGAAUUCCAGUAGAAACAUCAACGCUGAUCAUUUAAUCAAAUGUCUGAUGUCAAAGGUCAAAAGCCGCUUGUAUGACCCUUGACACGACUUCCCACUUACAACUGGUCAGAUCUCCACGUAGUAGAGGCCAUCAAAGGUAUAAAAAAACGAAACGAAAUAUAGAUCUGUAUUUUAAUCAGAUAGGCUGAAUUAACUUUUUACUUAUAUAUUUUAAAGCUUUAAUAAUACAAACUCAUUUAUUUCUUGUAUUUUCCGUUAUUCACAAAAUUAAAACCCGAUUUUGUCUGUAUUUUAUUGUGAAAAACAGUAGAUAUGAAAAUCAUAUUGUAAAAUGUAUGGCUAUCGUUAUUGUUAAUUUACUUUCAUUUUGAAAAUAGAAUAAUAAUAAUAAUGAUAAUAUUUGUAUUGUGCAGCUAUUCAAUCCACUAGGGAGUGCUCUAGGUGCUAGAAAAUAUUCUCACUUUAUAGUGUUUAUGAUAGUGACUAAAUAACCAUGUUUUCACUUUGGAUUUAAAAACUGACACAGAAUCACAUUGUCGGAUAUUUUCUGGAGGUGUAUUCCAAACAAUUGAUGCGCUUAGUGGCUGUCUUCAUCCCAUUUGUAUCAAUACACUAUGAUUUCAUUAAUUAAAAUACAUUUAAACAAUAGCACAACAAGACUUUGUGUAGAUUAGGGGUAAAUUAUUUGUUGUUCCUAUUGAAAUGCUAUAGGUGGUGGGUAAAACUAUUAGAAUUAGAGAUUUCAUUUUUAUCAUGAAUUCAAUCCGUCUCUUUAUAAUUAAUUUGUCCCUUUUAAAUAUGCAUAUCAAUCUUCAACAAUUUCGUCUUCAUUCCAUUACAAUCUGAUUCAAUUACAGAUCUAUAUUUCGUUUCGUUUUUUUUUUAUAUACUUUCGAUGGCCUCUACUACAUGAAGAUCUGACCAGUUGUAGUGGAAGGUUGCAUCAGAGGUCGUACGAAGGGCUUUUGACCCUAUGACAGCAGACAUUUGAUUAAUCAAUCAGUGUUGAUGUUUCUAGUGGGUUACCCACAGUUCUGUGCACCUGAUGCCAAAAACUCGCUGUAACAAACCGUUUCAUUGGCUAAUCCCUCACUUCAACCAGGACGCCAGUAAUAUAACAACUCUCCCAGAUCCUAGUGUAGUAAACACAAGUAAAACGAAAUUUUGAUCUAUAUAAAAUGAAAUGAAAUAGGAUCUGUGUUUUAACCAGAUUGCAUUCCAUAACCAAGGUCUAAGAGCACACAACAUACUGUGAUGUUCUUACCUCCUAUUAGAGGUCACACUGCAUCAUACAUAAUUUACAAUCUACAAAUAAUUUACCUAGCACUACUGCCCUACUGGGAAGACUGUAACACAGGAAUAGAGUGUUUAAUUCAAGGACACACAGAUGUAACACAUAGCUACAGAGAUAGCUUGCUUAACCACUACUUUAUUGCCCUGUUGGGUAGACUGUAACACAGUAAUAGUGUGUUUGAUUCAAGGACACAAAGAUGUAACACAUAGCUAGAGCUAAAGAUAUAGCUUGCUUCACCACUACUUUAUUGCCCUACUAGGUAUACUGUAACACAGAAAUAGUGUGUUUAAUUCAGGACACAAAGAUGUAACACAUAGCUACAAAUAGUUUGCUUCACCACUACUUUAUUGCCCUACUGGGUAUACUGUAACACAGAAAUAGAGUGUUUAAUUCAGGACACAAUGAUGUAACACAUAGCUACAAAUAGUUUGCUUAACCACUACUUUAUUGCCCUUUAAAGAUUAUACUAAAUUUAUCAAAACACAAUCAUCCCACUUCAGAAAAUGAAUGUCGUUGGGAGAAAAAAUAUUUUGUUAUAUUUUAUUAAAUUAUUUAUUUAUUUGUUUGUUAUUUGAUUGUUGUGUUUUGAAAUGAAUUGAAUUGUUAUAUAAUUUGAUAUUAUAUAUCAAACAUCACAUUAGAA